UAAACGUUUUCUGUYAGAAAUCUUUUUAACGAACAUGGAACAAGAAGCCACUAGUCAAGAAUAUCCACGCGUGCGUUCAGAGGAAAGAAGUUCAUUUUUAGAGCCACACCAAACGCUGCCCAAUAGAKCACUGCCAUUGGAUUGCAAAGCUUCUUGGUUUGCCUGUUUAUGUGCUUCCCUGGUAUGCCUUAUUUGUGUGGGAACRUCCUCCAUAUAUGGUAUCUUUUUUCCUGCAAUCCUGRCAGAAUUUCAAGCUGGAAAAGCAAAGACAGCUCUUCCUGGUUCUUUUUUAAAUGGAUUCACCACUAUUCUAUGUCCAGUAGCAGCGGUUUUUAUUAACCGUUUUGGUUGUCGUGUCGUCAUUCCAUGCGGUGGAUUCAUUUCCGCGCUAGGACUCCUGGGAUCGUCGUUCGCUCCCAAUAUCUAUGUUCUCUCCUUUACAUAUGGUUUCCUGGUCGCUUGGGGUUCCUGUCUGGUUUACAUGGCAGGAUUUCURAUGGUCCCACUGUACUUUGAUAAACAUCGUUCAUCUGCCACUGGUAUGGUGUCCGCAGCAGGGCCUGGGGUUGGGAUUGUUAUAAUGAGCCCCAUAGCACAUAUACUCAUAGAUUAUCUUGGUUGGAGGAAAACCAUGCUGGUAUUGGCGGGURUGAACCUUGUGGCAAGUAUUCUGGGAUGCACCAUUACUAGAAAAGUAGAAAAAGUGCAUCCACAAAAUAAAGACACGACCAGUAACCUUGAUGGAAGAAGGAAAAAGCUUUGGUCUGCGGUACUUCAAAAUCUGUCUUCACUCAAGAAUCCUAUGCUAAUUCUAGUGAUUGUCAUGAAUAGCGCGGUGCAUCUGGGGCACUUUACGCCCUUAGUUCAUCUGAUAAAAUACGCUGAAGAUAUAGGAAUAUCAAGUCACGCGUCUUCGUGGAUAUAUCCCGUCACUGGAUUCAUCGCUGACUACAGUCAUUCAUACAACCCAGUCUUCUAUGCUUCAGGAUGUUUUCUUCUCUUGGCCUCAAUGCUUCCAUUCAUACGUCAUUGUAUUAUCAUGAAACGACGAAGAAGCGCAAGCAAAUUAAGUAAUGGACGAACUGGGAAGUCAUUUUCUUUAACCAAGAACAAAAUGAAGACAUGGCAGUCGACGACGACAAUGGUCAGCACUGUUGAUUUGAGCGUGACAGAUUCCACUACCAAAGUUUAA